CGCCGCCUUGAUGCAUCCUCCGCCCAACCCCGUCAAACGCAGACAGGACGACUCAACCAAAUCACCGGUGCAUCUUCGCCACGGGCUGCGACUGAAAAAGGGGAAGGGCGACGACGGCGACCACAACAGCACGACUGUUGGAAGGCCGGGGCAGGGCGACUCCGGCCCUCGGCUGCAAGGUUCUGGUGUGCCCCCUCUCAGCAUGCAACGCUUGUUUUUUUUGCAGCAGCACCAUUGCUACAACGGCGGCCGCGGCGGGCGGCGUUUGUGUAGCAGCGACGGGAAAUUACUGCUAUGUCUUUCUGUGACGGCGGGGUAGCAACUUCGGUGGUGCUGCAUGGCUGCAAUGGAGAGCUCGCUAGUGCUCCCUCCCGGUGCUGCAAGGGAGAGCUCACCGGCGCUUCCGACGGAGCGCUCACCGGAAGUCUCGGAGCUGCGAUGCAUCUCGUCGGAGCUGCAAUGGAGCGGUCUGACUCCUCCUCCAGGUGUUGCAAUGGAGAGCUCGCCGGCGUUCCCAACGCUCCAAUGGAGCGCUCGCCGGAGGUCUCGGAGCUGUGAUGCGUCUCGCCGGAGCUGCAAUGGAGAGGCCGGGCGCUCCCUCCCGGUGUUGCAAUGGAGAGCUCGCUGGCGUCCCCAACGCUGCAAUGGAGCGCUCGCCGGAGGUCUCGGAACUGCGAUUCAUCUCGCCGGAGCUGCAAUGGAGCGGUCCGACACUCCCUCCUGGUGUUGCAAUGGAGAGCUCGCCGGCGUUCCCAACGCUGCAAUGGAGCGCUCGCCAGAGGUCUCGGAGCUGCGAUGCCUCUCGUCGGAGCUGCAAUGGAGCGGUCCGACGCUCCCUCCUGGUGUUGCAAUGGAGAGCUCGCCGGCGUUCCCAACGCUGCAAUGGAGCGCUCACCAGAGGUCUCGGAGUUGUGAUGUAGCUCACCGGGGCUGCAAUGGAGAGCUCACCGACGGUGUCCCGGUGUUGCGUUGAAACACAGGUGACGUUCUUCCUAGGAGGAGGCGUGUGCUGCUGGAGAGAGCGAUGUAGGAUCCCCGCAAGAGGCCAAAUCGAUGGUUGUCAUGGUGUGCAUCUGUUACGCUCUCGGUCGAUCUAGUACAGUAGUGUUCUCUGAAUUACACCAAA